AUGGCUGAGAAAGCGCCUCCUUCCGUUGCAGCUGUCGCUGUUUCUUCUCUCUUCCUAGGCCUACUGGCCGGCUAUUUCCUCGGACAGGGAUCUAGCAUUGGACUUUUCGGCAGUCCCAGCCCUAACGAAGCAAUGAAGAGCUGGCCGAACAGCUACGAUGUGAAAGUCCAUGCUGAUUCUAGCGAUGAGCAGGCUGAUGACGAGGAAGAGGAGGAGGACGGAGACGGUAAAGAACUAGGUGAUUUCCGAGAUUCAACGGAUGAGGUCAAGUUGGUUCUUGUUGUGAGGACGGAUCUUGGGAUGGGAAAGGGAAAAAUCGCGGCCCAAUGCUCCCACGCAACACUUGCAUGCUACAAAUACCUCAUCCAUCAUUCUUCAUCAGCCUCGAUCCUAAAACGAUGGGAAUAUGGCGGUCAAGCUAAGAUCGCUCUACAAGCCAAGUCUGAAGAGGAGCUGGAAACGUUCCAAGCACAAGCCAUGAGCCUAGGUCUUUGUGCACGAAUCAUACACGACGCUGGGAGGACCCAAAUAGCAGCUGGCAGUGCGACAGUGCUCGGAGUCUUAGGUCCAAAGAGCGUUGUUGACUCGGUCACUGGGCAUCUGAAGCUUCUCUAA